AACAACCUCCAUCAGCACCACCAUGAAGGAACUGAUCGCAGCCUCGCAGCCGCCAUCCCGGCGCACCAGCAGGUUGUCUGUGCCUGUUGCAGUUGCUUUGAUCUGCCUCCUCGGUCUGAGCCACAUAUUCAAUUCCAACCUCUUUCGACCCUCAUGCCACCCCCAUGAACACCCCGAUCUCCCCCCCUACGGGCUCUUCCCUAAGCCCGACGACCCCUUCCGCUUCAUCCCCUGUACGGAUACGACGCUCCCCCCGGCGCUGGAUGACCCCAGCCCACAUACCAGCUGGGCGGCCCUGUUCAGCCCGGACGUAGAGACCUGGCGCCGGGGGGGCCCGGCCGGUACCGGCGUUUACCUGUGCGGGUAUCUGGACGUCCCGCUGGACUACACCAACGCCUCGGACGCCCGCAUCGCCCGUCUGGCCGUGACCAAGUUCCAGGUGGCGGGCCCCGGGGGCGGCAAGAGCGAGCGCACGCUGGUGGUGAACCCCGGCGGCCCCGGGGGCAGCGGCACGUCGCUGGUCUGGAAGGCCGCGGACGAGUUCUCGCAGCGCUUCACCCGCUGGGAGUACGACGUGCUGGGCUGGGACCCCCGGGGCGUCAACGCCUCCCUGCCCCGGGCGGCGUGCUUCCCCUUCGACGCCGACCGGGACCGCUGGGCCCUGCUGCGCGGGCAGUACCGCGAGGGGGCCGCCGCGGGCCACCUCGCGCUGGCGGACGCGCUGAAUGAGGCCAUCUUCCAGGCCUGCGCGGCGCAGCUGGGCGAUCUCGGCCGUUUCCUCAGCACGACGUUUGUCGCGAGAGACGUCGAGGCGAUCCGCACCGCCCUGGGGGAAGCAGAACUGACGGGCUACUUUGUGAGUUACGGCACCGGCAUCGGCCAGACGUGGGCAAGCAUGUUCCCCGGGAGCGUGGGCCGCUUGGUCCUGGAUGGGACCGAGUAUGUGCGCGACCAUCGCCAUGUCGGGGGCUUUGGCUACACGGCCCUGGACAACGUCACCGACGCCUGGCACGAUGGGUUCCUUGGGGAGUGCCUGAAUGCCGGGCCGGAGCAUUGCGCCCUGGCGACGCCUAAGCCGGGGGCGGGCGCCCCUACAACACGCCCCGCCGUCCAACUGGCUGAUCUCGACGCCCGGAUGCGAGGCCUGGUGUCUUCCCUGCUUGACCGUCCCAUCCCCGGCUAUACCCCGACAACUGGGCCGUCCAUCAUCAGGUACUCGGCCCUUGUCGGCGCCAUCUACGGCGCCAUGUAUAAUCCGAUGAGCUGGCCGGCUCUCGCCCAGAUGCUCUCGGAGCUCGAGGACGGCAAUUCCACUCUCGCCGCGCAUUUCAUUGAGUCCUGGGAAUAUGACCCCCGCGACCCUUCGUGUUCUACAUCGCCAAUGCCCCCAAGCACCGAUGAGCUCGGCGACCUCGUUGUCUGCGCCGACAGCGCCGAUGCCCCUGAAUGGGCCGAAGCGCAGCAUCUGGACUGGUGGGCCGGUCUCUGGGACAACAUGACCUCCAAGUCAUGGAUCUCCGGCAACUCGCGCUUCUACAACGUCUUCCCCUGCCGCCACUUUGGCACCUACUGGCAACCGGCAGAGCUGUAUCGCGGCCAUCUCAACCAUACGCUGUCCCAUCCCAUCCUACUGAUUGCCGAGACGUAUGAUCCGGCCACCCCGUUGCGCAACGGGCGGCGGCUGUUGAACGAAAUGGGCUCCAACGCUAGGCUCGUCGUGCAUCAUGGCUACGGCCAUAGUUCCAGGGAUAUCUCUACCUGCACAGACUCCAUUGCCAGCGCCUAUCUUCUUCAUGGUACAGUGCCUGAAGGGACAGAGACAGAUUGCUACGCCGAUGAGAAGCCGUAUCUAUAUGGUGUCAAUAAGGAAGGCUGGGUGGGAGAUGCCAUGGAAAGACAAGAGACGAACGAUCCAGUGGCGGUGUGGAGGGCUCAUCUAGAGACAAUGGCUGUCUUUGGAUUCUAGUCCCUAUGGUUGUACUGUCAUUCUUUGUAUAGAAUCAUCUGGACAUACCGAAGCAAGACAACUAGGCCUCGUCAAAUAUGAAAUAUACUCAGCUUUAAAAGAUUUCUAUAAAGUUAAACACAGUAUGAACAGCAGCAGUGAGAAGUCUUAGGAAUAGAAAUAGCUUAUUAUUACCGGUAUUUAGCUAGAAACCAUAAAUCCUGUUACACUGUUCCACCUGGUCUAUUCUUCGAAUUGCUCCUCCCAUAUGCUAGCUGCCAGCUUCU